AUGGCGUCCACAGACCUGGCGAAGAGAAAGCGACCGAGAACCCAAUCCUGCCCACCUCCCGAGCUUCCACAGCUCGUCGCAGAGCAACAUGUUCCUAUUCCAUCGCACGAUAAGGACACGAAGCGACUGAUUGUUGUCCUAUCGAACGCCAGUCUCGAAACCUACAAGGCGGGUGGAAAGGGUAUGAACGGCAAGGACGAGAAAUACUCGCUGCUCAACAGCGACGAGCAUAUCGGUGUAAUGAGGAAGAUGGGUAGAGAUAUCAGCGAGGCCAGACCGGACAUCACCCACCAGUGCCUUCUCACUCUCCUUGACUCUCCAAUCAACAAAGCGGGAAAGCUUCAGAUCUACAUUCACACCGCAAAGGGCGUCCUAAUCGAAGUCAGCCCCACGGUCCGCAUUCCUCGCACAUUCAAGCGGUUCGCCGGCUUGAUGGUCCAGCUGCUACAUCGGCUAUCGAUCCGCUCGACAAACUCGCAGGAGAAGCUGUUGAAAGUGAUCAAGAACCCGAUCACGGACCAUCUACCGCCCAACUGCCGCAAGGUCACGCUCAGUUUCGACGCGCCGGUUGUGCGGGUCAAUGAUUACAUCAGAACGUUGGGGCCCAAGGAAAGUAUAUGCGUGUUUGUGGGCGCCAUGGCCAAGGGCCGCGAUGACUUCGCAGAUGCGUUCAAAGACGAUGCUGUCAGUAUCAGCAACUUCAGUCUUAGCGCCAGCGUGGCGUGUAGCAAGUUCUGCCACGCGGCAGAAGAUGCAUGGGGCAUUGUAUGA